AUGAGUUGUAGUAUUAAGCAGACAACCGGCUCUCUCAGGGGCAGGACCAGCGGUGGCAGCUGUGUUAUUGGUGGUGGUGGUGGUGGUGGAGGAGCACGGAUUUCCUCGGUCUCCUCUGGAAGAUACACGACCUGUGGGAUAGGCGGUAGCCGAGGGUUCUCUGGGAGAAGCUACUGCAGUGGUGUGAAUUACGGAGGAGGACUGAGCAGCGGCAGUCUGGUCGGUGGGAGCUAUGGAGGUGGCUUAGGAGCCACUGUCCUCGGAGGAUGCUCAGGCAUUGGAUUCAGCGGUGGCAGUGCCCGCUUUGGUGGUGGCAUUGGAGGUGGCCUUGGUAUCGGCAUUGGUGGAGGGGUAGUUGGAGGGGGUUUUGCUGGUGAUGGCAUUCUUCUUUCUGGUGACGAAAAAGUCACCAUGCAGAACCUUAACGACCGCCUGGCUUCUUACCUGGACAAGGUGAGGUGCCUGGAACAAGAAAAUGCUGACCUGGAGUGCAGAAUCAGGGAGUGGUACGCCAAGCAGGGCCCCUUUUGUGAGCCGCGGGACUACAGCUGCUAUUACAAAGAGAUAGAAGAUCUUCAGAACCAGAUUGUCUGCGCAACCAUAGACAACAACAAGAUCAUUCUGAACAUCGACAACAGCCGGAUGACAGCCGAUGACUUCCGAGUGAAGUACGAGACGGAGCUGGCCCUUCGCCAGAGCGUGGAGGCUGACAUCAACGGGCUGCGCCAGGUCCUGGACCAGCUGACGCUCUGCAGGUCCGACCUGGAGGCACAGCUGGAGUCACUGCGGGAGGAGCUCUGCUGCCUGAAGAAGAACCAUGAGGAGGAAAUGAACUGUCUGAGGAAACAGUCGACUGGAGAUGUGAGUGUGGAGGUCAAUGCCUGUCCUGGCCCUGACCUCAGGAAGAUUCUGGAGGAGAUGAGGUGCCAGUAUGAGACGCUGAUUGAACGCAAUCGCAAAGAAGUGGAGGAUUGGUAUGAGUGCAAGAUUGAGGAGGUGAACAGGGAGGUUAUCACGAGUGGUCAGGAGGUGGAGACGUGCAACAAUCAGGUCACCGAGCUGAGGCGGCAGCUGCAGGCGCUGGAGAUCGACCUGCAGGCUCAGCUCAGCCAGAGGGACAACCUGGAGUCCUCUCUGGCUGAGACAGAAUGCCGCUACAACAACCACCUCGGUGAGCUGCAGACUCAGAUCACGUGUGUGGAGCAGCAGCUGGCGGACCUGCGGGCGGAGAUGGAGUGCCAGAACCAGGAGUACAAGAUCCUGCUGGACGUCAAGUGCCGCCUGGAGCAGGAGAUCCACACCUACCGCUGCCUGCUGGAGGGCGGGCAGCAGGACCUUAUUCAGCAAGGAGGAAUUGGUCAGUUGUCGGGUCUAGGAGGAGGAGUUGCACGAACAGGAGGAAUAGGAGGAGGAGGAAUCAUCCGAACAAGCCACACGUACACUUCGUCUGCCCAGAUGCCAUCCUGUGCAGCUGCGGAGAUACAAGUGCCUUGCAGAAGGAUUUGUGAUUAAGCAGAGAAAUGAGAAUAUCCAAUGAGAGAUCCCUGAAGCAGAGCCACGGAUAAAGAGAGAG